CUGGAUUAUGAAACGUGCGUUAUCUGAAAAGGUGCAGAAGUAACUGCAGAGUCGUAGGUAGCAGUAGGUGCCGAAGAAGCCUGAUAUACUGGAGUCUGCGCUUCACAUCGCUCAUUUACAGCCGAGCUUAUCUUUAAUAAAGCGCUUUGCAAGUUGCAUGUACUUGUACAGACUUUAGGUGAACUUAAAGAAAAGUCGUGAUUCGCCUCCUUUCAAAACGAACAUCACAGUUCUGGCGUUAAGUGUUGGCCUAACCGACUGUUUCUCUGUUUUUCAGAUAAGAUGGAUCUGUGUAUAGCAGUGCUGUUCUAUUGUUGCUGUAUAGUUCCAGCUCUUGGGUCAGCAUUUGGCAGGGAAAUGCCAGCUUCUACGAUGGAUGACAACAACGACCGUGAGGGGCCGUUUCAUUAUGACCACGACAGCCCAUUUCAUUAUGACUACGAUUCUGUUCGAAUUGUGGGUCUGGCUUUCGCUGCCUUUUUCUUCUUCAUGGGAAUCUUCGUUGCCAUCGGUCGAAAGUGCCGUUGCAAAGGAGGCCAGAAGUAGAGCAUUUGUUUCCACCGGACGAAGAAUCCAGCCCUGGGACUCUCACAGUCAGCUGCAGGAUGGCAAACAUCUGCAAGGAAACCUGUUUCUUCAGAGUGUUUGUCAUUUUUUUUUGUAUCUCGUAAGUCUCCAUUUCAUACCAACAGACGCUGCCAUCUGUGCUCCUAAACCCCAGAUAGAUAAGGUACCUGGAUCAGUUUAAGCAGCUGACUGGCAACAAAUUAUAGUUGGGAUUAUUGUUUGGUAGUUACUGAAGUCGGUAGUGUAGUUCUGCCUGAUAUGUUUUACCCAGUUUUUGGCUGUUCAGCACAAGAUGUCUUUUGUAAAAAUAAUUUUAAAAAACUUUCUAAAGUCUAAUUGAUGUCAUGUUGAGGCUGCUAUUGAUUUUAAAUUGUAGCCUUUUUUACACUUUGUAAAUUCUUUUCAUUGUUUGUAAAAGCAAUGAAUCUGAUUCAUUCUGAUUAAUAAGACAUGACUGACAUGACUUUUCUAUCAAAUAAACUUGGACUUGAAAUAAAA